AUGUGCGCCGCUGCGAUGGUACCCAUACGGGAAGCCUUGGCCAAAAUUGUAUCAUCGGGUGACGAGAAGGAAUAUUCUAAUGUUAUUCCUCGACCGCUGGUCAAGGCUGAUCUCGACGAUGCGCUUGCCCACAGUCAUGCCAGUGAUGCUAAGCUUGAGGAGUAUAUCGAGUGGAAUGAUAAAUUCGGAUCAUGGCCCACUCAAGUUGUUAUGCAUGACGAAUAA